AUGAUCAACAAGAAGAUGACGAAGCUGCAAGAGAUGAAGCAGUUGGACUACGUUGGCCUAUUACUCUAUUGCUCUGGUUUGAUAUUGCUCCUCCUUGGUUUUACCUGGGCCCAGGGCACAUAUCCGUGGAAGAGUUCCCAUGUUAUCGCCACUAUCAUUGUUGGCGCUGUCGUGCUGAUAGCUUUUACACUAUAUGAAAUCUAUGUGCCUUUGUCGCAACCUCUCAUGCCCAUGAAGCUCCUCAAGAUUCGCAAUUUUGCUGCCGUUGUAAUUGUCGGAUGCGUCGGGCAAAUGGUCUUCUAUGCAUUGAAUACCCUGUGGCCCCCUGCAAUUUCCGUUUUCUUCACGACCGACAAUAUUAAAAUUGGUCUGAUGUCGAGCACCACUGGUAUCAGCCUAGCAUUGGGCGAAGUUAUUGUUUCGCCAUUCUUCAAGCUUGUGGGUCGACCAAAUUGGCAACUUACAAUUGCAAGUGCUACACUGGCGCUUUUUGCCGCCCUCAUGUCGCUCGUUGAUCAGCACCAACAGGCCCUUGGUAUUGCACUUACCGUCCUCGCGGGUGUCGCUGUGGGUUGGAUUGAAGCUGUAGCAAUCAUCAUUGCUGGUCUCGUGGUCGAACCCCAGGAUAUUGGUGCCGGCCAAGGUUUCUUUGCCUCUAUGCGAGCUGUGACUGGAACAAUCGCCUGUAAGUUGCUUAAAUGGGACACUGGUCUCCAUGUGAUUGUUCUAUAG